AAAUGUAGUUACCUCCAAUGUAAUGAAUAAAAACAGGCUGCCAACUACAAAUCUGAGCAGUUGAUCUCGACACGGGAUGCUUAUCAUGCCGAUUUACAAACAGCAAUGUUUGUCUCAUUUGACAAAGGCAGGCCAUAGGUUGAUGCAAACAAGAAUCAGAUAUGAAGUAUAUAUAUAACCUCAGAACACGAAACAAAAUGGAAAUCUGGUUCAGAGAAACGAGGUUAUGGGAAACUACUGUGUUUCUCUAGCUAUAGUCCUAGCUGUCAUUCAAGCAGCCAUUGUUGCUGAUGCUGUGCGUAUGAAGAGUGAUCUUCUUUGCAGCCAAUGUAAAGCAUGUGACACGGAUAAGUGUCCUCCUAGUGAUGCAUAUCCUCACAUGACUGCUUUUGAUGACUCCUUAAUCGCUGGCGCAUUGCAGUCUGACUAUGUCAAGUACGAAGAUAGAGGUGUUUACUCGGUGCCUAAUGUUAUAGGUGGGGUGUCGACUAACAACAACUCCUAUUUUGGCUGGGAAUCUACCUCUGGUUCAGCUUCUGGCUAUCAUAGAUUCAGGAACUACAUGGAUAAAUGCUCUGAUGAGAGCUAUCUUUCAGUAGACAGGCACGGUAGAGUGAAACUACGAGCAUUAAAGAAGCUGAGUAAUAUAUCAGAGGCAGACUGGAAAUCAAUCAAUCCACCCAAGAAACUGAACCACCGUGCAUUCAGAUUCUGGGUUUCUCAUAGUACAGGAAAAUGCCUUACGGUUUUUGAGGAGAAGUCAAAGAAACGUACCUUAGGAGUUGCUGAUUGUGAAUUUGAUGGCUCUAACCCGUUUCAGCUGUUUGCCUUCCGCUUCCAUUAUCAUAAGGCUUUCUGCUGCUGCGGAAAGUACAAUGAAUGAUAGAUUCAUGCAAUGGCAAUCGCCAUUCAAGCACAGAAUUAGAGCAGUCAGUGGAUAUCUGUAAUGAUCUGGU